GCCGCCCCAGGGCCGCCAUGGCGGGCGGAGCGCGGCGCCUGUACCGCCGCAUCCUGCAGCUGCACCGCGCUCUGCCGCCCGCCCUGCGCGACCUGGGCGACCGCUACGUGAAGGAGGAGUUCCGGAGGCACAGGGCGGCCGGGCCCGCCGAGGCCCAGCGCUUCCUGCGGGAAUGGGAGAACUAUGCAGCCCUGAUCCAGCAACAAAUUAAUGACGACAAACAAAACUUGAGAGAAAAGGCUGUAUAUGGAAUUCAGCUCACAGAAGAAAACCUUAAUGACUUCCGUGAUGAACAGAUUGGGCAGCUGAAGGAACUGAUGGAUGAGGCUACCAAACCUCAUAAAAAAAUCACCAUUUCUAAAGACUCAGAAUACAAAACCUAAAAGAUUAAAAGAAAUAUUUUAAUGCAUAUUGGAAGCAUUUUGAAACUGCUUUUUCCAGUUGUACUUGAAUGUGGUUUCUGUGAGGUAAUGGACGCUGCAGAUGCUAUAACUUGUCUGAAGUGGAUGUGUUUGGCUUUCUGUGCAAGAACAAAUGGAAAAAUGGAAUAAUCACACUUUUAUGUUAAUUGCACUAUUUUUUCUCCUUUUUGUUUUUUUCUUCCUAAUGGAUGUUGAAGACUGAAAGAAUUUGGGGAAAGUAAAUUGAUGUUUUUAAAAUAUAGAGUUGUUAGUUUUGGGGUUGUUUUGUAAUCUUGGCACCUACAGGGCAAAACAUCUUUCUGUUUGCUUAUCAUCCUCUUCCUUAAUGGAAAAGAUGCUAUUAGCAUUUAUUUUCUGGUGAAGAUUCAGUAGACAAAGGAAUGGUACUAGAGUGGGUUUGUUUUCAUGGAAAGAAAUGAGCAGUAUUAGAAAAGCAUACUGCUGGUGAAAUUGGAAGUUGAUUUUUGUCUUGAGCUUUAUUGUGAAAUGGACUUUGAAAUAAAAGAUGUAGUUCAUUAUUAAAUUAACCUUGAAUCACUCUUAUGCAGAAAAUUCUGUGUUUUUUUCAAAGCUAAAUUCAGAUUAUUGUUCGUAUCUGAAAUUUUUAAAAACCUUUCAUGAAUGGGUUGUGCUGUAGUUUGAAUUCACAUGCUGUAGUUUGGGAUCCCAUAUUAUGCAAUAUUUUGUACAGACCAGAAUUUGUAAAUGACUUGAUCACAGAAAUUAUCCUGUUGAUGAUACUGUAUGACCAACAUUCAUAAUUUAUUUGUAAUAGGUUAAGUCUUGAGUAAGACAAUGUGUGCUUGUUGUAACUCAUACUGUUGGAACUAAAAAAAGGGGGGUUUUAUUGGUUAAGAAAAACAGAUAAAACCUUUUGCCUUUCUGUGCAAAAGACAGAUUUAAUUUCAUCUUCCAAACCUAGUUUUAUAUUAUUAGUUUUGUUCUAUUUCUGGACCUUUCUCUGUCUGUUACUCACAGCACAUUUAAGACAACAAAAUUUCUUUGCUCUUGGGGAAUAACAGCUUUGACAAGGAACCGCAUUUCCAUCUGUCUCAAUUUGUAAAACAUGCCGUUUGCCAAAGCUGUGCUCCAGGAUCCCAAUGGAGUGGGGAGCAAUCUGGGGAGCUGCCUCUUUCUUUCUCCUGUACCUCUCUUCCCAGUUCUUUGAUGGGAUUGUAGGCUGCAGGUUGCUCAUUUCUAUUAAAAGUUC